GCAACAACAAUCCCCGUCAAUACAGCUCAAAUCUGUUUAUCGCCGAGUGGAUAUUUUGCUAGCCUGAUAAUUUCUCCUGAACAGUGCCGGAUUUGGGCUAUUAUGGCGUCUUUGGGGGAACCUGUUCGACUGGAAAGAGACAUUUCUCGGGCCAUUGAAUUGCUUGACAAGCUCCAGAGGACAGGGGAAGUGCCACCCCAGAAAUUGCAGGCACUGCAAAGGGUCUUGCAGAGCGAGUUCUGUAAUGCUGUGCGAGAGGUGUAUGAACAUGUGUAUGAGACAGUGGACAUUAACAGUAGCCCAGAAGUCAGGGCAAAUGCCACAGCCAAGGCCACUGUUGCAGCGUUUGCGGCCAGUGAGGGGCACUCACACCCUCGCGUGGUGGAGCUGCCUAAGACAGAGGAAGGACUUGGCUUCAAUAUAAUGGGAGGGAAGGAACAGAACUCUCCUAUUUACAUCUCACGCAUCAUUCCUAGUGGAAUCGCCGACCGCCACGGGGGCCUCAAGAGAGGCGACCAGCUUCUUUCUGUCAAUGGGGUGAGUGUGGAGGGGGAGCACCAUGAGAAAGCUGUGGAGCUUCUCAAAGCUGCCCAGGGCACUGUGAAGCUGGUGGUCAGGUACACUCCUAAAGUCCUUGAGGAAAUGGAGUCCCGCUUUGAGAAGAUGAGGUCUGCAAAGCGCCGGCAACAGAACAGCUAUCCCCAAUAGUGUUUUUUCAUCACUGGCACGCAAUUCCCUCAUCUUUCACCCUCUUCCAGCCAUCUGUCCCAGUCACAAUUUUAACCUUCUUCUUAAACUUAGCACACUAAAUUUUUAGUUUGUAUCCACAUACAGUGGGGCAAAAAAGUAUUUAGUCAGCCACCAAUUGUGCAUGUUCUCCCACUUAAAAAGAUGAGAGAGGCCUGUAAUUUUCAUCAUAGGUACACUUCAACCCUGACAGACCAAAUUAUAAGAAAAAAAAUCCAGAAAAUCACAUUGUAGGAUUUUUUAUGAAUUUAUUUGCAAAUUAUGGUGGAAAAUAAGUAUUUGGUCAAUAACAAAAGUGUAUCUCAAUACUUUGUUAUAUAGCCUUUGUUGGCAAUGACAGAGGUCAAACGUUUUCUGUAAGUCUUCACAAGGUUUUCACACACUGUUGCUGGUAUUUUGGACCAUUCCUCCACGCAGAUCUCCUCUAGAGCAGUGAUGUUUUGGGGCUAUUGCUGGGCAACACGGACUUUGAACUCCCUCCAAAGAUUUUCUAUGGGGUUGAGAUCUGGAGACUGGCUAGGCCACUCCAGGACCUUGAAAUGCUUCUUACGAAGCCACUCCUUCCCUGCCCGGGCGGUGUGUUUGGGAUCAUUGUCAUGCUGAAAGACCCAGCCACGUUUCAUCUUCAAUGCCCUUGCUGAUGGAAGGAGGUUUUCACUCAAAAUCUCACAAUACAUGGCCCCAUUCAUUCUUUCCUUUACACGGAUCAGUCGUCCUGGUCCCUUUGCCCCAAAGCAUGAUGUUUCCACCCCCAUGCUUCACAGUAGGUAUGGUGUUCUUUGGAUGCAACUCAGCAUUCUUUGUCCUCCAAACACGACGAGUUGAGUUUUUACCAAAAAGUUAUAUUUUGGUUUCAUCUGAACAUAUGACAUUCUUCCAAUCUUCUUCUGCAUCAUCCAAAUGCUCUCGAGCAAACUUCAGACGGGCCUGGACAUGUACUGGCUUAAGCAGGGGGACAUGUCUGGCACUGCAGGAUUUGAGUCCCUGGCGGCGUAGUGUGUUGCUGAUGGUAGGCUUUGUUACUUUGGUCCCAGCUCUCUGCAGGUCAUUCACUAGGUCCCCCCAUGUGGUUCUGGGAUUUUUGCUCACCAUUCUUGUGAUCAUUUUGACCCCACAGGGUGAGAUCUUGCAUGGAGCCCCAGAUCGAGGGAGAUUAUCAGUGGUCUUUUAUGUCUUCCAUUUUCUAAUAAUUGCUCCCACAGUUGAUUUCUUCAAACCAAGCUGCUUACCUAUUGCAGAUUCAGUCUUCCCAGCCUGAUGCAGGUCUACAAUUUUGUUUCUGGUGUCCUUUGACAGCUCUUUGGUCCUGGCCAUAGUGGAGUUUGGAGUGUGACUGUUUGAGGUUGUGGACAGGUGUCUUUUAUACUGAUGACAAGUUCAAACAGGUGCCAUUAGUACAGGUAACAGGUGGAGGACAGAGGAGCCUCUUAAAGAAGAAGUUACAGGUCUGUGAGAGCCAGAAAUCUUGCUUGUUUGUAGGUGACCAAAUACUUAUUUUCCACCAUAAUUUGCAAAUAAAUUCAUUAAAAAUCCUACAAUGUGAUUUUCUAGAUUUUUUUUUCUUCUCAUUUUGUCUGUCAUAGUUGAAGUGUACUUAUGAUGAAAAUUACAGGCCUCUCUCAUAUUUUUAAGUGGGAGAACUUGCACAAUUGGUGGCUGACUAAAUACUUUUUUGCCCCACUAUAUAUUAUAUUUCUACCUUUUCUACACCCUACCCCUGCUACUUCUGACACCACGACUCAAGGCAAACACAAGAUUUAUCAUAUUUCUACAAGUAGUUGAUCAUUCACGCUUUACAUGUGCAUUACAUUUUGGGCUGACAUAUUGGAUGCCCUUUGAGGACCUAUGAGACCCACAACAGAGGUUCAUUGAUUGAAGAGAUGGUAUUUUAUUUAUUUUAGUACAGCCUUUAUAAUGUGCCUCAGGGCAAUACAAAUGUAUUUAAACUUGUACUGUCAUACUGUCAUUCAAAUUACCUUCAUUUUCAUUUGGGUUUAAAACUAAGCUCAGAUGAUUUAACACUUCAAUGCCAGUUUACUAAGCAUUUGCAGGAAUGCAAACUUCACACCUGCUAUUUUUGAGAGUGAAAAGAACUGGUAGUGAUAGAAUACAUUUGGGAUAAAAUAGAUAUAGAAUAUAUUCUCUAAGGAAUUGUGUGUAAAUUUUUAUAGACAUUUUGUGUUUACCAGUAUAUGAAGGCUAAAUGGAGACGUUAUGUUUCACCAUGGUCUCUCUUGUUUUUUCCCCUCCUGAAAAUAACACGUGUGAACCUUUUGGUAGAUCUGUGUUUAGUAUUCUAAUCUUAAAUUGUAAAGGAAUUAAAUAAUACAUUCUCUGAA